AGCGUUGCCUACUCCUGAGAGAAGAAAGUCCUAAUAUUGUCCUGCAGAAGCCUCUUUCCAUGGCUUCCACUUCUUUUCUUUCCCCCCCCCCCCCCCUCUUGUAUGAUUGUUGCGAUUCAUGUUUCCAUUUUUAUUAUUUUUGGCAAUACAUUUUUUUUUAAAUUUUUGUUUAUAUAACUGCUGCUAAUACAGUAAAGGGGCUAUAUCUCGAUGACAAAACUAGCAAGUGUUUAUCUGGCUGACACUGUGCCCUGAAUCUCCCCGAGUUGUGGGAGGGAGGGGGGGUGGGAGGCGUGUAUAGAGUAUAGAGCACAAACUGCUUGGUACGGGAGGAAACAGUGGGGAUAUCCACUACAAGGUAUGUGACAGAGGAGCCUGGAAUCUGUGAGGGGUCUUUGGGAAUUCAAAGGAACGGAGAUACAAACUCCCGUCAGUCUUUAAAAUCAAGCACCAGCUGGAUACAAGGGAGCACAUGGAUAGGGCUGUGUACCUCUACUUGCUCUACAGCAUGUGGGCUGUUACUGCAGUCCAAGGAAACUGCCCAGCGGGAUGCCAGUGUGACAAACUCAAUCAAGUCCAGUGCCGGGGUCAGAAUAUCACGGACGUCCCCAGCUCCUUUCCACACGAAACCAACUACAUUUACAUAGCCAACACGAGCAUCUCCAUUUUAAAGCCAGGUGACUUUGACAGCUGCGCCACAACUCUGAAAAAUGUGAAUAUUAGCUAUUCUGGUGUAACGGAGAUAUUAGAUGGCACUUUCAACAAAACUCAAAACCUGAUAGCCCUGAGUCUAAGGGGAAGCAAACUGACAGGCCUACCGGGGAAACUGUUCUGGAACCUGAAAGGUCUACAGCGACUCCUGCUGGACAGGAAUAACAUCACGGCACUUUCACAGGAGACCUUCCAGGGUCUGAGCGAGCUUAGGUCCCUCGACCUGUCCCGAAACGCCCUCACCACGAUCCCGGAGAGCAGCUUUGACGACUUGGUGAAUCUGAAGCAGCUGUCCCUCUACCAGAACCGCAUCAAGCAUCUCCCGGCAAAGCUGUUCUACGGCCUACACAAACUGCAGGAACUGUACCUCUCCAGAAACUGCCUGUCGGUGCUGCCAGGGGGGAUCUUCUCCCAACUCGUGGCCCUCUCCAAACUGUCCCUCUUUCGUAACUGCCUGGAGAGGCUGUCUGUCGGAGUUUUUGGACCCAUGCCUCUCCAGGAGCUCUGGCUCUAUGACAACAGGCUGACCCACCUGGACGACGACGUGUUCCAAAACCUGACCCAGCUCCGUCUGCUGGUUCUGAGCAGGAACCAGAUCAACUCCACCUCAGUCCACGCGUUCCGGGGCCUGACGGCACUGGAGGAGCUGUCCCUGCACACCAACAGGCUCGUCAGCCUCCAGGAGGGCACGUUCAGCGGGCUGACCUCGCUGGUCAAGGUCUCCCUGCAGCACAACCGCCUUCGGUCCCUCCCUGGGAGGCUCCUCCACGGUCUGCCUGGCCUCAGGCGCCUGGACCUCCACAACAACUCCCUGCCCAAUCUGCCCCAAGAGCUCCUGGCCUCCCUGGAGAGGGCUGACCAGGUGCUCCUGAGACAGAACCCGUGGCAGUGCGACCAGGAUAUCAUUCCUCUCAGAAACUGGCUGCACCGCCACCGCACCAAAGUGCAGAAUUUCAUUGAGGUGGUGUGCCACUCGCCCGAGUCUUUGAGCGGCACCAGCCUGGCAGACUUCCAACGGCAGGUUUUGGGGGAGGACAUCGAUGUGAUUAUCGUAGCGCUAGCCUGCACUCUCAUCAUUACCAUCCUCCUUGGCAUCAUCUUCUUCUGGAGAAAAAAAGAGAAGAAGGCCUCUAAACUCCCAGACCGAGAUUCAGACAAUCCUGUUCAAAUGGAAAACGAAAUGAUGACCAAAGCCUUUUGUGUAACUUUAUUCAUCUUGCUGCAGCUGUCUUACCAUGGGUACAGCUGCCCCACAAAAUGCCAGUGCUUCACUCCAACUCGGGCCAUCUGUUCGGAUGAAGGGAGUACGGACAUGCCCCAGAACAUCUCCUCGGACGUGAGGGAGCUGGUCAUCAUGACUACCGGCAUUAUGUAUUUGCGCCCCAGAGCCUUUCCGGAUGGUUCCAAGCUCUCCAAGCUGGUCUUCCUCAACAACCUGCUUCAGGGGGUCUCCCGCAUGGCGUUCAACAAUCUGUCGGGGCUAGAGGAGCUGGAGAUCAGCGGGAACCACCGGCUUGAGGAGCUGUACUUGGGAACGCUGAGCGAGCUGCGAAACCUGACCACGCUGGUCCUCAACUUCAACCGCUUCAGGGUCCUGAGGGAGGGGCUGCUCCAUCCACUGCAGAAGCUGGAGACCCUGCAGCUCAAGGGCAACGUCAUUUACCAGCUCACCGACGACCUGUUUCAGCAGCUCGGCAGGCUCCGCCUCCUGGACCUGUCGCUCAACACGAUCUCCACCGUGAAUAAGGAGAUCUUCAGAAACCUGGGCCAGCUGCGGACCCUCAGGCUGGGCUACAACCUGAUAGAGGCCCUGCCCCCCGACACGUUCGAUGGUGUCCCGAGGCUAAGGGAGCUAAGCCUCCAGGGCAACAAGAUCGUCAGGUUCCCCCAGGCCCUCUUCUCCCGACUGGCCCAACUGGACAAGCUCAAUCUCCGCGGCAACCAGAUUAAAGAGCUCACCGCCGACGCGUUCCCACCAGGGCUGAGCGAGCUGAACCUAGCGGACAACAAGCUCACCGUGCUCUCGCCGGAGAUGUUUCAGGGGCUGCCUCGCCUAACCUGCUUGCUCCUGUCCAAAAACCAGCUCUCCGUCAUCCCGGAGGACCUGUUCCAAAACCUGACAGCCCUGGAGCACGUGGACCUGUCCCACAAUCUGAUUGGCGGCCUGCCGGAGGUCGUGUUCAGGGGGCUCUCAGAGCUCGCGGUGGUGCACCUGGAGAACAACAACAUCAGCAGCCUGCCGAGCGGGCUGCUUGAGGACCAGGAUUACCUGGAGCAGCUGUACCUGUCCGACAACGCGCUGCAGAACAUCCCCGUCGAGUUCAUGGGCUUCUUAGCCCACAAUAUGGUACGGCUGCACGGCAACCCCUGGACCUGCGACUGCCACUUGCUCUACCUCUACGACUGGCUGGUGUACAGCACGGGUUUGAAUCAGGAUACCUCCAACAUGUACUGCAGGGCGCCCUCAUUCCUGAGUGGCAGGGGAUUAAUGUCUUUGAAGAGGGAGCAGCUUGUGUGCGCAGCAAACACCAGCACUCCUCUUCAGAGCACCCACGAGGCUGUCACUCACCCCGAGGAGACCCCGCCCACCACUGGCUGCGUUGUCCAGGAAACCAACAGCACCAUUUCUGUCAAGUGCACCAACGAGAAAUGCCCCCAGAUCAAACUGCGAACCUGGUACCGCAAGGAGGGGUACACUGAAGACACUUUCACAGAACACAUAUUACUUCAGGGUACCCAGUGCCUUAAUUCCACUAUAACCAUCACUUUUUAGAUAAUGAAUCUAAGCGUGACUGUGACACAUAUUGAAAUGACAUCUCCAGCAGUGCGCACCUUAAGACUUUCUCAGUAUCUAAUCCCACAGCUAGUGAUUGGUGGUAGAGACCCAUCAUCAGUAGGGUUAUCAUGUGCUGUCAGCUACCAUGUACAGUCGAACAGCUUCAGUUUCCACAGUUAAAUAAGUCGCUUUGUUCAUGAUGUUGUGUCAGUGAUGAUACAUCAUUCCCAUUUUAGUGUUCAGGUAGCCUCUGUCUCCCAUCGCUACGUCACAAAAGGACUUUUCCCAAAGGAAACAGGAGUUUUCCUGGGGGGCACUGUUAGUCUUUCUCACUCAGUGUAGUGGGUACAAUAGUAAAUCAUGGAUGAACUGCUUCUCUGUGACAACGGAAAGAAAUGUACAAUUUGAAGAAUAGUUCCCAAGAAAAAGCAGCUAUCCUGAAUCCUGC